AUGGAUGAUUCGGAAAAAAACAGCGAUGAAGACGCUAUGGAAGUGGAAGAUUCAGUUUCGGAUGCGAAAAAAACUACAAAAUCAAAAAAACCAAAGGAGAAAAUUAAUAGAAUAGAAUUAAUAAAAUGCUGCACAUUUCAGGUGUAUGUUCCUGGUGUAAGUCGUGCAUUAAAAAGCGGUGAAGAAUGGGAAUAUGAUCCUGAAGCUUAUAGGAUUUUUCAUAAAUUUGAAUCUGAUUGGCCAUGUCUUAGUUUUGAUAUCAUUAAUUCAGUGGAUAAAGAUGAUUCUUCUAUGACGCUCUCGUUAAUCGCAGGAUCUCAAGCAGAUUCGCGAAAUAUAAGAAAUAAUCAGCUUUAUGUUAUGAAAUUAGUAGGAAUUACACCUAUAGUAGAAGAAUUGGAUGAUUCUGAUGACGAUUACGACGAAAAUCGUCGUAGCCCUGUAAUGCAUUGCGUGUCAAUUAGGCAUCAUGGAGAAGUUAAUCGAAUCAAGGCCACAAAUUUGGGUCAAUCUACGGUUUGUGCUGUGUGGAAUAGUUUUAAUAAAGUUCAGUUGUGGAAUGCAACUAAUGCACUAAAUUGCAUCAAUAAUCUCGAUUCAGAUGCAAAAAUUUUACGGAAAAGUCUGGAUGAAAAACCGUUAAUGUCAUUUGAAAGCAGUAUUGAUGGAUAUGGUAUUUCAUGGUCAUCUCUCAAAACUGGUAGAUUGGCCAGCGGUGACAAGCAUGGAAAAAUAUUCAUAUGGACAAUGGCCGAAGGUGGCACCUGGACUGUUGAUCAGCGUCCUCUUGUUGGUCACAAAGGUUCGAUAGAAGAUCUUAUGUGGUCACCAACUGAAGAACCCUUACUUGCUUCCUGUUCUGUUGAUUCCACAAUUAAAUUAUGGGAUAUACGUGUUGCGAGGAAGGAAGCUUGCGUUUGUACUGUUUCCAAUGCUCAUGCAUCGGAUGUCAAUGUUUUAUCAUGGAACAAGUACGAACCUCUCUUGCUAACUGGUGGUGAUGAUGCUGUCUUAAAUAUUUGGUCCUUGAAAACCAUACAGUAUAAUGAAGCAGUCGCACGAUUUAAGCAUCAUAAGCAACCAAUCACAUCAGUUGAAUGGUCACCACAUGAUUCAACAACAAUGGUAGCGUCAAGCGAAGAUGAUCAAAUAACAAUUUGGGAUUUGUCGGUGGAACAGGAUGAAAGUGAAAAUUUGAAAGGUGUACCGCCUCAACUUUUAUUUAUACAUAUGGGUCAGAAUGAAAUCAAAGAGGUUCACUGGCACAAUCGAUAUAAGGGACUUUUGGUAACGACAGCUGUCACUGGUUUCGAUGUGUUCCAACCUUGCAACAUAGCUUGA